CUGGGAAGUCCCGGCUGCAUAUAAAAGCUGAAGUAGCCGCGUUGGAGAUCGUGGCGUUCCUUUUAUCAGCAAGCAACAAGCAACGAUGAAGUUCCUCGCGAUUUUCCUCGCCAUUCCGAUUCUCGCCGUUUCGGGUGCAUUGACGCCUCAAGACGUAAUGCGCUUUGGGAGCGCGCGUCAAAGGUGCAGCAACGAAUAUACGGUCGAUCCAACCUCGAUAGAACGUGCUCGUGCUGGCGAGCGGGUUAACGAUCCCGAGUUCGACUGCUUCGUAGCGUGCAUUCUCCAGGGAAUGGAUUUGAUGGGAUCCGAUGGCAGCCUCGAUACGAACGCGGCGAUCGACAAGGUGCCAAACGCCCCGUUCCACGACGCUCUCGUCGCAGCCAUCAGUUCUUGCUCCAACGAAAGGGGUAAAAAUAACUGUGACACCGCUCGUCGACUCAUCGCCUGCAUCCAGGAUAAAGGAGUUCUUGCGGGACCAGGCAGGGGACCGGACCAUGCAGCGUGGGCCAAAUGCAUGGAAGAAAGCGGUCUUGAGAAGGAAAGCUUUCGCAACACCCCGCCAGAUGAUCCGAAAAAGAAAUGUUUCGAUGCGUGCCUCAUGAAACAUCAUGGUCAUCUCAAAGAAGACGGAACCGUCGAUGUGGAGAAAAUGAUCGCAGAUUUGCCCCCGGAUGUGGAGGAUCGUGAACGUAUCAGCGGAGCUAUAACUGAGUGCGCUGCCAACAAGAAUGACGAUCAGUGCGAAACAGCCUAUCUGAUUAGGAAUUGUCUUAUCGAGAAAGACGCCAUACCUUUCCCAGGAAAAAUGAUGAAAAUGAUGAAAAAGUGCAUGGCAGAAAACGGAAUCGAAGACUUCAAAGACCUUCAGUCGGGCGACCAAAAAACCAAAUGCUUCGGUGCAUGCAUGAUGAAAGAGAAAGGAAUUCUCAACGAAGAUGGAACCGUCGAUACUGAGAAAGCGGUCGCGAGUUUGCCUCCAGACGUGCCUGAUCGUGAUCGCAUCGCUGAAGCAAUUACCGAAUGCAGCGCCAAAAAGGGUGCUGAUGACUGUGAAACUGCUGGACUGAUCUGGGAUUGCCUUCAAGAAAAAGACGCUCUUCCCCCGAUGCCUCAUCACGGUCACCACCAUCGUCAUCACGGACCUUAAAAAUGGAAAACGGAAACGAUCAAUUUGCGUAUAUGGAACAACACUCACUACGGUAUUUGACUUGAUUUCAAGUCUAACUUUCGACUCCCAAAUGUGAAAUAAAUAUUAAUGAUUGCA